AUGAUACAUAGUCAUGCAAGAGAGUUUCUGUCGAAAGUCUUUCCCGAACAAGAAGCAAGGGAAAAGCGAAAUAAUGUGUUCGUGACAUUGACAUAUGCACAGAGUUUAGAUGGAAAGAUAGCUGGAGAAGGUGGUGAACAAAUUUUACUAAGCGGGGAAGAAAGCAUGACUAUGACUCACAGAAUGCGUACAAAACACGAUGGAAUACUUGUAGGAAUUGGGACUGUGUUAAGCGAUGAUCCGAAGUUAACAGCACGCAGGCUUGAAUCAGGAGAAGAAUCAACUAUAUCACAACCACGCCCAAUCAUUCUUGAUCCAAAACUCAAGUUUCCUCUAAAUGCCAAACUGCUAAAUAAAGAUGAAUCCAACGGCCAUCGUAAGAUGCCGUGGAUAUUUACACAGCAUAAGCAUGACAUGAAGAAAAAACUGCUACUAGAGCAAGCAGGAGCAAAGGUUCUAACUAUAGAUUCUGAUGAGAACGGCAAUCUCUCUUUAAGCCAGUUGUUAGCUGUGCUUUACCGACCACCACUGUCAAUAUCACGGUUAAUGGUGGAGGGAGGAGCAAAAAUCAUUCAGUCAUUUUUCAAAAGUGGUCUGGUAGAUUUGUUGGUUGUAACAAUUGCACCCGUAUACGUUGUUCGUGGGAUAUCUGUGGUCGAUGAAGAGAAUCAAGGACAAGGAACAGUUGAUUCGCCGAGUAAGGGUAUAAAGUUUAUACAACGUGAAGUGCAUUAUGAACAGUUUGGAAGAGACGUUGUUAUGGCUGUUGUAUUGACAAAGGAUUGA